AUGGCUAUCUCAAAGAAUCUUCCAUUAUUAAAGAACCACUUCAGAAAGCACUGGCAAGAAAGAGUCAAAGUUCACUUUGACCAAGCCGGUAAGAAGGCUUCUAGAAGACAAGCUAGAUUAUCCAAGGCUGCUAAGUCUGCUCCAAAGCCAAUCGACACUUUAAGACCAGUUGUCAGAGCUCCAACUAUCAGAUACAACAGAAAGAUCAGAGCUGGCCGUGGUUUCACUUUAGCUGAAUUAAAGGCUGUUGGUUUAACUGCCAAGUACGCUAGAACCAUCGGUAUUUCCGUUGACCACAGAAGACAAAACAAGUCCACUGAAACCUUUGACUUAAACGUUGCCAGAUUAAACGAAUACAAGUCUAAGUUGGUUAUCUUCGACAAGAAGACCAAGGCUGCUGAAAUCGCUACCCACGCUCAAGUUUCUACUCCAGCUACUUUCCCAGUUGUCCAACCAAAGGCUGACUCUACUCCAAGAGCCGUCGAACAACAAGAACAAUCUUCUUACAGAACCUUAAGAUUAGCUAGAUCUGACAAGAGAUACAAGGGUAUCAGAGAAAAGCGUGCCAAGGAAGCUGCCGAAGCUGAAGCUGACAAGAAGAAGAAAUAA